AGUCUCUGUCUCAGGGGGACGGCGAGCUGUCCGGCCUGCCCACGCCUGACUCCACCCCCGAGCUGCCGAUCAAGAACAUGAAGGCCCUGCGGCACCAUCAGUACGAGAAGAACCAGAACUGCAACAACGCCAAGGACAACCACCCCGCGUCCGGGCCCAGCUGCUCCGGGUCCAGCCUGGGCUUCAUGGCCGUCGUCGGAAACUCUCUGACCCAGCAGCAGGUGUUUCCCUUCUCUCAUCACCACGGCAACAGUUUGAGCAAUGGAGCGGCCCUCGGCGCCGGCGCCUCUUCGACCUCGCUGCACCUCCCCGAGGAGAGGAAGAUCUCCAAUGACGAGCGAGCGGCGGCAGUGGCGGCAGCAGGAGGAGGAGUGGGUGGAGGGCGGGUUGGAGUUCCCCAUCACCAUCACUCCCAGCAGUCCCUCCCUCAGACGGUGGUGGACGUCUCGGCGCUGGACGAGCUGCUCAAACACAUCCACGAGGUGAGCGCGUCGGGGACCGGCGGCAUCAAGGUCCUCACCUCCACCUCCUCCUCCUCCCUGUUCCCCGGACCCCCCUCCUCCGCGUCCUCUGGAGGACUUCAUCAUAACCUCCAUCACCCCCAUCCUCAAGGCCACCACAGCAACACACGCAGCCACCACUACAACCACAGCCAUCACCAUAGCAACCACCACAACAACAACAGCAGCAGCGGUGGCGGUGGCGGUGGCGGUCACCAUCACCAGCAGAAGAUCCCCGAGACGGAGUCGUCGUCCUACUACAGCACCUCCACCCUCCCAAGGGACGGACUCCCUAAACGCAUAGAUGCCCCGCCUCCAAACUCCGCCUCUGCCACCUCCUCUUCCACCUCCUCGUCCUCCUCGUCCUCCAACAACCCCACCUCCUCCACCUCCAUCCCCUCCUCGUCAUCCUCCUCCUCCUCCACUCCGCUCCAGCAGCAGGUGAUUCCAGAGAGACCCGGAGGAGGAGGAGGAGGCGGCAGCGUCGCGGUGGCUCGCCAUCACUCCCAGCGGCACUCCCUCAUCAAGAUGGGGAGCGGGGGCGGGGCGGUGCCGCGCCACCACAGCUUCAACCAGCGGGGGGCGGCGCAGCAGCACGCCCACUUUCUCGCCAGGAUGAACACCAACAGCAGCAGCAACGGCCCCCCGGGCGCCGGCGGAGCGGCCAAUGUGAAUGCCAACAACAACAGCGGGAGCCAGAGGCCGACGGUCGCCAGCACGUGUCUGACCCGACAACACAGCUACAGCGAAGGGCCGCACGCUCAGAGGGCGGGAAUCAUCCGAAGAACAGCGUCGCUCAAACCCCAAGUGCCGCCGAAACCGCUGUUCCUCCCGAACACGGCAACGUCACCGGUAGCAGAGGCGGGACGAUACAAAUACUGACACUGUGGGAGGAAGUGGCAGCAAUCCAAGAUGGCUGCCGCGGUUCAGAAAUGAAGAGCACUGACGGCGCACAAAAAGAGACUUGAGAGCUUUUUUGGCGCCAUCGCUCCUCAUCGCGACCCCUCAGUUGUGUUUCCUUCAGAGUCAAGAUGGCUGCUCCGCUAACGGGCCGAGGCCUGCGGACAAACUCCCCGAGGAUCCACAAAGAAACAUCUCGUGUGACUCUGUCCUCCGGCCGCCGGUGGUCGCUUUCCCCCUCACGACAGACUGUCGGUCCAAAGUGGGAGAAACAUUCCAAAAGGGGGGAAAAGAUGUUAAUGAUGGCGGAGCAGUCCCACAGGCUGGAGGUGGCCUAAAAAACAAAAAUCCCGAUUCAUGCAGUUUUCUUUGCGAGCGCUUUGAUCUAACGUCCCCGGUUGUUGCACUUUGGCGCGGGGCCCAGAAAUCCUCUGAAAGUUUUAAAGAAAGCCGGGAAUCGAACUGCUGACAUGAGCUGAAUCUGAGAGCGAUAGGAGUCUGAAUGUUUUUUCUCCAGACGACGUAAAUAAAUCAUCAAUCAGACGCCCAAAAGGAUCGUUCCCAUCCUGUGGAAGUCUGAGUGUCCCUGAGGUGGAAAACCCAAAAUGGACAGGAGGUGUUUUCUCUCUGGACCGAGGGACAAGAAACCCACAAAGACGUUUUUUUUUUUGUUAUUGAUGUCGGACCCUUCAGGACGAGAUGAAGAGUCGGACACAUAUUAGAAAAAAAGACGAGUGUGCUUCAUGAUCAGAGCUGUCUCUCUGUUCUUCUUUUGUACCAUAUUGGUAUCUGAACACAAACCAAGCAUUAAUGGACUGUCGCUGUGACAGAGAGGAUUUUUUGAUCAACGAUUCCCUCCAGAGAAACGCUUUCAUUCAGGCAUGAGAACAUUCACUUUACAUUCUCCUUUAAGUGAAUAAUCGCCCUCCAACGGGACUCCAUUUGACCCCUCACUUCUGACGAGGUCAUAGCAGUGAGGUCUGCGGUUGGCGCACUACUCCUGCUCGGCAUCACUCCGCAUUUCAGAACCUCUGAACUUUUCUCAAGUGUGUUUUUCUUCUCAUGAAUCGUUGAUGCCGAGGAGGAGCAGUGUGCACUAACCUCCUUUUCAAUCCGAAGUGUUGGUCGAAGAAAUUUUGAGGGAACUGUUUAUCAAAAAAAUUUCUGCUCACCUGCUGAGCUCUGUGCGGCUUCCUGAAGUCAGCCGGUUUCUGCCUGAACAGAAGAGACAGCUCACAGUAUUAAAAGUAGAACUGUUAGUUUUUCUGCAAAUUAUAACGUCAACCAAAAUACAAAAAACACAAACUGUGUCGACGACCUGUGUGGUUCCCGAGGGAGGCUGUUCUUCCCUCCCUGCAGAGCCACACGAUGCUCCAGUGUCGUCAUAAUUUAUUCUUUCUGUUGUCUGCACUCAUUUGACCAAAAACUACUUUUUUUUUGGAUCCACAGUUUAUGAAAUUAAAGAAGCAACCCCUCACAGAU